UUCCGGAAGUAGCCGAAGGGUGAGGGGGGCUCGGGACCGGAUGGAACGUUAAAAGCUACGGUGAACGGCGACGACGGCAUAGGGUGGCCCGGCGGCGGGUGUGUCGGGUGUCAGUAGGUGCCGAGAACGGGUGUUUAUUUUUUAUUUUUUUCUGGUUGUUAUGGAAAGGAGCAUUAGAAGUGACCCCAAAGAGGCGUAUAAGUUGGAAUAAGUGGGUGACAAGAGGACCCCGCGGAGCGGCUGUCUCCGUCUGCCCGGUGUCUGACACGCGAGGCUCCUGUACCGCCUGUCUGGGAGGACCAUGGGCUGCUAGGGCUUCUCCUCUUCCUUCCGACAUCUGCCAACUCUUCAUGGCUCCCCCGGCCGGCGGUGUGAUCCCGGAGGUGACCCGACACACAGGUUCCUACUAUGGGCUCUUUGAGCAGUAGACUGUUAGGCCAGGAGUCCUCAUCCCAGUCCGCCAGCUCUUGUGAAUGCAGGAAGCGAAAAAGAAGCCUAGAAUGUCAAUGUGACACUGAGACGGAUGAUGAGCUAGAAAACCUGCUCAAUACUCCUCGCAGGAAAAAGCUGAAAAGUACUUCCAAGUAUAUCUACCAGACCCUCUUCCUCAAUGGAGAGAACAGUGACAUAAAGAUCUGCGCACUUGGUAAAGAAUGGAACCUCCACAAAAUCUACCUCUGUCAGUCUGGAUACUUCUCCAGUAUGUUCUGUGGUUCCUGGAAAGAGUCCAACAUGAAUGUGAUAGAGCUGGAGAUACCCGACCACAAUAUUGAUGCAGAAGCUCUGCAGGUGACGUUUGGCUCGCUAUACAGGGAUGAUGUCUUGCUGAAACCCAGCCGUGUCAUAGCCAUUUUAGCAGCUGCGUGCAUGCUCCAACUGGACGGUUUAAUUCAGCAAUGUGGCGAGACCAUGAAAGAGACCAUCAGCGUUCAGACGGUCUGCAGCUAUUCCUCAGCAGCUGGUGUCUACGGGUUAGACUCUGUGAAGAAAAAGUGCCUUGAAUGGCUUCUAAAUAAUUUAAUGACCCAUCAAAGUGUCGAUCUGUUCAAGGAACUAAGCAUCAAUAUGAUAAAGCCGCUCAUCUGUUCUCCAGAUCUUCUUGUAAUGCAGGUGGAGAUGGAUGUGUACACAGCUUUAAAAAAGUGGAUGUUCCUGCAAAUAGUGCCUUCUUGGAACGGGUCCUUAAAACAGCUUCUCACGGAAGCAGAUUCCUGGUUCUCCAAACGCAAGAAAGAGCUAGAAGAUACUGGCAUCACCUUUCUAGAAACUGAACAGGGCUGCCCAUUUGUGCCAGUUUUCAAGCACCUGCGUAUGCAAUACAUCAUCAGUGACUUGGCAUCAGCAAGGAUCAUUGAGCGUGAUGCUCUGAUACCCUCAGAGUGGUUGUCCUCUGUGUACAAGCAGCAGUGGUUCACUAUGCUCCGUGCUGAGCAGGAUAAUGACACCGGCCCUCAAGAAAUCAAUAAAGAAGAACUGGAGAACAAUAGCAUGAGAUGCGGCAGGAGACUUGCAAAAGAUGGUGAUUAUUGUUGGAGAUGGACUGGAUUUAACUUUGGCUUUGACUUGUUGGUAACGUACACCAAUCGCUACAUCAUUUUUAAAAGGAACACCCUGAACCAGCCGUCCAGUGGUUCUGUCAGUCUGCAGCCACAGAGGAACAUUGCGUUCAGGUUACGUUUGGUGUCAUUUGAUACAAAUGGUAGAGUCAUCUGCAGUCGAACUAGUGGCUAUCAGAUCCUCAGCCUGGAAAAAGAUCAGGAACAAGUGGUGAUGAACAUGGACAGUCGCCUACUUAUGUUUCCUCUCUACAUCUGCUGCAACUUCUUGUACACAUCUCCAGAGAAACGAGUGGAGUUGGAAGGACCGCUGGAAAGUCCAGACGUCUAAUAGUGCCACGGCCUACAUGAAGAUCUCCAUAUGAAAUCAUUCAAAUAGGGAACACUUUGUUUUGUUGUUGCCUUUCGGGUUCAUUUUGUUGACUCUUUGUACUAGCGCAAAGGACAGAACUUAUGCUGCCUAAUCAACACCUCCGAAUGUAGGCGCCUCUGCCAAAUGCAAGCCAAACGUCUGUAUGAAAUAUCAAUUAUAAUCAGUUGGUGCCGCUGUUUUUUUUUUUUUUUUUUUCUACUUUCAAUCUGCUGUGCAGUUUUUUUUUUAAUAGUUUAUAAUUAAAUUACGCCUGCCAAGCUACAAUCUGCAGAUGUUAUUUAGUUGUGCAGUACAAUAUUUGGCAUGGUGGUUUGCAGUAAAGGAUUCCCGUGAUGUGAUUAUUUUUUUUUUUCUUCUUUUUGUUCUUGUAAGAUUUUCACCCACAAGCCUUAAAGAUCUUGCAGAUGGCCAGCCAUCUACUAGCAUAGAGAGCGACACGGGAACUUUCCUGUACCUUAACUGAAGUGUGAGGAACCAGGCAGACCUGCCUCCAAUGUAUUUUUCUCAGACAGUUUUUCAUUUCACUUGGGUUUACAGCAAAAUAAAAGCAAGAAGGAAAAGUGUUUAAUAGUAGUGGAAAUUCAUGAAUAAUUGCUUAGAUGGUCAUGGACACUGAGCUGUGUUUAGAGCACAUUCAAAGGAGAAUUUUCCAUAGCUAGUCGUUCUUUAAAUACAGUUAUACUGGCCAGACAUGAAGAGAUUUCUCUCAGAUGAUCAAAGGCUUCAGUUCUCAGACCCUGCCUCUUCUAGCCUGGAAAAAUUACAUAUUAUUAUGGUCCAAUUUUAAGCUAAAACACUCAAUGGGGAACUGCCAGAUUGUUUCAUCCGGCUAAAACUAUGAUGCACUAUACUGUAAUGUAAUGAAAUUGGAAUAGCUGAGUUUCAUUUCCAACUCUCUAGAUGUUUUGAAGGGACAGUAUGAGCUUUUUUUUAAGGAAAUUAUGACCAGUGUUGUCCAUUGGUUUUGUCUUGUAUUGUAGUUUAUUUUUAUUCAUAUUCAUGGGGCUCACCUGCAAUACUAAACACAGUCCAUGAAUACAGGUGGUGGAGACCUGUCUAAGGGUAGCAAGUGAUAGAUCGGUGACAAAUAAGUGCUGUCCCUUCACACUGCAUAGUCCGUGUAUCCAAUGCGAUUAGGCUUCAGCCUGUUUGCCCUGCCUCCUGCUUGUGAUAAGUUUAUCCUUGUUGGCUCUUACAAGCAGGGUAAAAGCACUGUGAAGGCACAUCUUCUAGAAUACACUGGAAGUUCUGCGCACAGUACACACUGACUAACAGGAAGCGCAGGUCAGGGAAGUUUUAGAACUCUGCAGCUAAUCACUGUAUGGACUUGUGUAUAUCCACUGAAAUCGUGGUCUCUUACAUAGGGCAACUGUUAUAUCUUUACAAGCACUCUGCGUAUGAGGAACAUACAUAGGAACAAAGAGGGAAGAGCCAGUUGGGGAGGAUAGGUGUUUGAGCUUCCAGAAGUGCGUUAAAGGGAU